ACAAUAAUGCAUAAUAUAAUGAUUUGAUCGAUCAAGUCUUAAAUGACUGCCAGUGCCUUUCUCUCGUUGUUUUUGUCAUCACAUGACCGAUCUAACACAAAACAACAAGAAUAUGAUGUUACCCAUUCUUGAAUCUUCAACAUUGCAAAGCUUUCACAAAACAAUUCGAUCUGCACUUGUUUUAAUUGCUUUGCUUGCUCCUCUGUGAUCUUCCUGAAACUAAUAACUAUGGCAGUGGGAGAGAUCUUUCUUGCGGCAUUCCUUCAGUUGCUGCUGGAGAGGUUAACGCCUCGGGAGAUCCUGGGCUACUUUGGAAGCUUGGGAGGAGCUGGCAAAAAGCUGCAGAAAUGGAGAGACACACUGUCCGCAGUUGCAGCGGUGCUUUCCGAUGCGGAGGAGAAGCAGCUGACGAGCAAAGGAGAGGGAGUGAAGCUGUGGCUGAAUGACCUCAAACAUUUGGCUUAUGAUAUGGACGAUCUACUCAACACCUUUUCUAAUGAGAUGUUAGAACGCGAGCAGCUCAAGGUUCACCAAACUGGCACAAGCAAGGUACGAGGCUUCUUUACCAAAGUUCCUCACAAAGUUAAGUUCAAUUUCAAUAUGAACUCCGAAAUAGACGAGAUUGCUAAUCGCUUGCAAGACAUAUUUGACCGGAAAGAGAAACUCGGUUUGAAAUAUAUUGAGCAAACCUCUACGUCAACAUCGUCAUCAAAAAGGACACCAAGUUCGCCUGUGUUGGAUGGAUCUGUGGUUGGGAGAGAUGAAGACGCAGGAAAGAUUGUGGAAUUGUUGUCCAGAAAUGCUGAUCCUUCUUCUCCCACAAAUUAUCAAGUUGUUGCCAUUGUUGGUAUGGGUGGACUCGGCAAGACAACGCUUGCGGGACGAGUCUUCAAUGAUGUAGUUGCAAUGAAACAGUUUAGUCUCAAGAUCUGGGUUUCAGUAUCCGAUAACUUUGAUCUUCAAACGGUGACGAGAGCUAUUUUUAAGGAAGUUACAUCUCGGCCUUGUGAUAUGGAUGAGUUCAGUCGACUUCAACAUAAUCUGAGCAAGGAGAUCGAUGGUAAAAAGUUUUUGAUUGUUUUAGAUGAUGUCUGGAGCACAUGUGAUUAUGAUUUAUGGAGAAGCCUGCAAGCUCCCCUCCUUGGCGGAGCCAAGGGAAGUAAGAUAAUGGUGACAACACGUGACGAAAAAGUUGCAAUAUUGAUGGGAGCCCCAGCCGGUGAUGUUUAUCAUUUAAAGACUCUAUCAGAAGAAGAUUGUUUGCAAGUAUUUGAGCAGCAUGUUAGCAAUGACAGGCCACCGAAUUUUGAGUUGCUUAAGGAGAAAAUUGUUACGAAUUGCAAUGGAUUGCCAUUGGCUGCAAAAACUCUUGGUGGUGUUUUACGUUGUGAAGAAACUGGCAAGUGGGAGGAAAUACUGAAUGACAAAUUAUGGAGUAUGUCAGACAGGAGUAAGAUACUCCCAGUACUCAGAUUGAGUUAUCAUUAUCUCCCUUCACAUUUGAAGAGGUGCUUUGCCUAUUGCUCAAUACUUCCCAAUGACUAUGAAUUUGGGAAAACCCAAUUAAUCCUUCUGUGGAUGGCAGAGGGUUUCCUUGAGCAAAGUCAGCAAACAGAAGGGACUAAAGGAAUGGAAGAUAUCGGUGACGAAUAUUUUGGGGAGCUAUUGUCUCGGUCAUUAUUUCAAACCUCGGGCAAAAACAGUUCAUGCUAUGUAAUGCAUGACCUUGUUGGUGAUUUGGCACGAUGGGCUGCUGCAGACACAUUUUGCAGAUUGGAGGAUAAACAGCAUGGUAGAUGUUCUGCAAAGACUCGUCAUCUGAGUUACAUUUCUGCUAAGUUUGAUGGGGAAAAAAGAUUUGAGACACUUUCUGGAGCAAAACGCUUGCGGACUUUCCUACCACUUCCUGUUUCCGGUGGUUAUGAGAAUUAUCUAACUCGUUAUGCUACUUUUGAUUUAUUGCCACGAUUGAAGUACUUGCGGGUGCUCUCCUUUAAUGGCUAUAAACUGACCGAGCUGCCAGAUUCUGUAGGUAAGUUGAAACAUCUACGGUACCUUGAUCUUUCUCACACAUUAAUAACGAGUUUGCCUGAGUCAACAUGCAUGCUUUACAACUUACAGACGUUAAUAUUAGAGAACUGUUCAAAAUUGAAGACACUACCUUCAAACAUGAGCAAUUUAUCUAAUUUACGUCAUCUCAACAAUUCAAACAUGCCUUCAUUGGAAGAAAUGCCUCCCAAAGUAAGUCGGUUGACUCAUCUGCGAACUUUGCCUAAUUUUGUGGUGGGGAAAGGUAGUGCAUCAGGGAUUGGAGAGAUACAGUCAUUGCAUCUUCGUGGGACCUUGAGUGUUGGAAGAUUGGAAAAUGUGAUUGAUGUUGGGGAUGCGAAGACGGCUCAAAUAAUGAACAAGGAAGGGCUGGAAAUCUUGCAAUUAGAAUGGAGCGGCACAAGCGAGAAGGAGUUGGAGGUGCUGUGCAGUUUAGAACCUCAUAAAAAGCUUAAGGAGCUGACCAUCAAGGGCUACAAUGGUUUCGAAUUUUCAAAAUGGAUUGGACAUCCUUCAUUCUCUGAUAUGAAGUCUGUGAAAUUGGAGAAUUGUAAAAACUGUCGAUUCUUACCUCCUCUUGGCCAAUUACCUUUCCUGAAAAAUCUUCAGAUACAAGGACUGGUCAAUGUUGAAAGUGUGGGUGCUGAGUUUUAUGGAGAGUGCAGCUUGCCUUUUCCAGUGUUGGAAGACCUGACGUUCCAGGACAUGCAAAAUUGGAAGGAGUGGCUUCCUUGCAAAAGAGAUGAAGAAAUUCGAGUUUUCCCAUGCAUGGAAAAGCUUUCCAUCCUUGGUUGCCCCAAAUUGAAAGAUUGGUUGCCCAAGAGCAUGGAUUCAUUAUCAGAGCUGUAUAUUGCUGCAUGUGAAGAGUUAGUGGUUUCAAUUGCCAAUUAUAAACAUCUUCGUGGGCUGUUCAUCUGCGGUUGUAAGGUGGUGCACAGAAGUGGAGUUAAGUUUGAGCUAUUGGAGCAUAUGUGGCUUGCAAGUAUUUCAGAGUUCAGACUCGAAAUAGACGGGUUCAUCAGAGGAUUGCCAAAGCUUCAAAAUUUGCGGAUUACUGGUUGUGAAGAGUUGGCAUGUUUAUGGGAGAAUGAGGAUAGAUGGCUGCAGCCUCGAAUUUCUAAUAUUAUUGGAGGCAACAUAUCUGACUCCCCCUCUCACUUUAUUCAAGAGCUAAGAGCACUCAAGGAACUUGUGCUAACUGGAUGCUCAAAUCUAAUUUCUUUUCCAGAAGUUGGUUGGCCACCUUGUCUUGAAAAUGUAAAGAUGGAGUCGUGUAAUUCUUUGACAUAUUUCGUAAGGUAUCAAGUACCGCCAAGCAUAAGAAGAAUAGAGAUAGCAAAAUGUCAAAAUUUGAAACUACUGGUGAAGGAUGCUUGGGAGCUAGAGGGUUGUCUGGAGUGGUUGGAGAUAAAAGAGUGUGCAUCUUUGACAUCCUUAUCAGGCAAAGGAGGCCGACUACCCAGAACCCUCAAAUUUGUUAGAAUAAGUGACUGUGAACGAUUGGAGUCAAUAAUCAAAACAUUCCACGAGGGCACUUGUCUUGAUGCUCUUACGAUAGAGAGGUGUGCAAAUCUCAAAUCCUUACCAGAGGGGCUAUGCCAUCUCUCCGCUCUUCGCAUGUUAUGGGUAGAGGAAUGUGGAAGUCUCGUUUCCUUCCCAAGCGGAGGGUUGCCAUCCAGCCUGAUAUGCUUGUCUAUCUCCAUUUGUGCUCAAUUGGAAGCCCUCCCCAGAGGCUAUGUGGAAAACCUCAGCUCUCUUCAGAUUUUGUUGUUGAGAUGCUGGGGAGGUUUGGCAUCCAUUCUAGAAGAGGGUUUCCCACCCAACCUAAUUGAUCUGGAAAUUGGCCCUCUCUCAGAGUGCGGGCUUCACCACUUGGGCAGACUCACCUCUCUUGAAACCUUUUCUAUCUACUGUGUAGAUCCAGAUGUGGUGUCCUUUCCGCCAAAGGAUGUGCUGCUCCCUAAAUCUCUCAUUAAACUCACCAUUGCAGGCUUUCCAAAUCUGAAGCGCCUGUCAUCAUCUUUUCAAUCACUCACCUCUCUUGAAUCCCUUGCCAUUCUUGGAUGCCCAAAUCUAGCAUCUAUUAUUCCAGAACAAGGGGAUCAUCUGCCUCCUUCACUUACACAGCUUCGCAUCCGUGAGUUCUGUCCGCUGCUCACAAACAAAUACCAACCAGGUAAAGGACGACACUGGCCCAAAGAAAUUGCCCACAUCCCUUACGUUUAUGUUGGAGGCUGCGAUGACGAAGCCGAAGCCGACCGCCGGGCAUAGAUAUCAAACUAUAGAGCCGCAAGAAGUACAAGGUUGAGCAAUGGACCAGCUCAAGAUUCUUGAUCCACGCACCCUUCUAAUUCUGCAUUAAGUGCAGCAGCAAGUAAAAGGUGGAGAAAGUUGUUUGCAAUGAGAGCACCUCAAGAUUUUUGAUCUGGGCUUCUAGUUCUGGUUCAAGGUAUUGUCCACUUAAGUAAUUCCAAUUACGGUGCAUUGAUAUGCAUUCUGUCAGCUUCUUCGAGCACGGUUGUGGGAACAGAGCAGGCUUCAGAACUAAAGGAGCAAAUUUUUUGGUAAAAUCAAUCUUCUAUUAUUUCUUUUCUUGUCAGUGACAAAUAGAGUGAAAUUGAGAUUGAGUGUACUUUUUUUGUAUUUGGUGUUCUCUGCUGGAGAACAAGAAGAUGGAAGAGAUAUCGUUGUGAUAUUCAUAUGCAGUUUUUUUUGUGUUUAGGGUUUUUUUUUUCUUUAAUUGUGUUUUGCAUUUGAUGGAUUGUGAUGUAUAUUCUAGAUGUAUGUCUCUGAGUUGCUCAAAUAUGGGCCCGGAAUGCACACCUUUUAUUUCACUUGCAAAUCCAGUGCUAUAAAAUCCCAAACAAACAGCAACCUUAGGACUUUUAAAAAUAGUGUAUUAGCAUCUAAAUUCUAUACUCUAAAUCCCUAUCUCCUUCUGAACAGUAGAAUCCUUAGGAACAGUGUUCUUACUGUUUUGUCCCCCAUAGCUGCUGUGCUGUCUGUGUCGCGCUAUUUGGCCUGCUGUUUGCUUGCAACCGCAUCUAUCCGUCUGUUUCAGUUUUGGAGAUAUAGAUGAGGCCCUCUUUAAAAUGGUCCCAAACAAAGCUACGCUUUAUACCUGAUUUUUCAGAAGGAGCCUCACCUACAGAUGCUGCGGCUUCACUUCCAGAAGGUUGACUUGCAGCAGGUUCACUUACAACUUCAUGUUGGCUUGCAGCUUCGAGCAGUGGAGGAGAAGCCGGUGAUGUGGCUGUUGAAGAAUCCUCAAGACCAGAAGCACCUGGUCGAGGUCGAGCAGUUUUCUUCUCCCUAGCCAUCAGCUUCUUGAAGGGAAACAGUGCGGAAAGUUUGAGAAUUAGUUCAGUUUGGGGCAUUUUCAAGAAGCGAAGAGACUUAGUUUUGCAAAUUUCAGGCUGUUUUGACAAUCUUACAGGGAGGGGUUUGGACAGGAAGCAAAGAGAAAAGGUUUCGAACAACAAUUUGGAGGAAGGGAAUUAGCUAUUAGACAAGUAACACUGCUUUUCUGUUUUUCCGGUUCGGGAUUUUGCUGCUUUUUCUUCAGAAGGAACAGAAGUUAUAACCUUCUCAUUGGUUUUGAUAAUUGUGAAUCUUUCUAAUUCUAGACUGCAGAUCUUUGCUGUACUUGGAUUUUCUUGAAGGCAUCAAACCAACCAUCAUUACAGUAUUACACAGAUGUGCCACUUUGAUCCAAGUGUCUAGGCCAAUCAAUCAUUCUACUUUCUGCAGCUUCUGUCUUCAAAUCGUCUGUUGCAUAUGAAAACCGGGUGCUGGAGCUGAAGGGGCCACUUGAACUCUUAAAGGGCGUUAGAGCAGAAGAAUGUACGUGCAGUUGUUCAGGAAAGCAUGAUACUACCCUCAUCUUAGCUGUAUUUAUAAUUAGUCGGUCAAAAAAUGCUAUUCAAUGCAGAAAAGCCGAAGAAUGUAUGUGCAACUGUUCAAGAGCUGGGGUACAAGAGGGUCAUGCUAGCAUAAAAUCAUUGGCUGCCAGAGAGCAACGCCUGAAUACAACUUUGGCCGUGUUUUAUAGUAUCAGGCACUAAUGGGGGAGCAUAAUACCAGAGACUUCUGAUAUGUCACCAAGCAUGUUUGGUGUUUAUAAAGAUACUGAUGUUGUUUCUCAUGUUUCGUGCUCCUUAGCAGUUGUAUGUUUAAUUGAGAGUAAAAAUAGAAUAGAAAAGAGUUGACAACUUGACAACUUUGGUGCAAAGGUGACGCUCUGAGUGUAUUGUGUAAGUAAAGGUUGUCAUUGCACCAUCAAUAAUGGAUUCAAUUUUUGUGUU